GUGCUGUGGCUGUGAGAUGGAUACAAACAAACACGCUGGCUGUUAGCCAAACAAACUAUACAAUAGAUGUAGAAUUUCUAUCUGAAGAUUAGAUCUGGAUAGUUGGUUAUUUGUCUUGCCUAAUUUGAUUGAAUAUAUAGCUUUGAGUAGGUAGUGGAGACUUUGCCAAACUAACAACUUAAGUAUUAAGUCAAUCAAUCCAAAAUCUAACCAGCAUAAAUGUGAAUGACCCAAUUAUUUCAUUGUGUCAGACACUGCUGGCCUUUUCUUAAUGAGGUCAAGGUGACCAAAUGGCCACCUGCCUUGGUAAAAUGGGCCUUGAACCCUAGAGCAACUGCCAGUCACAUGUCUGACCCAGAAAACAAGGGCAGCACAACUAGGGGAGUUAACUUUGACACCUUAGGCUCUUGGAACAACCGCUUGAGUCUGCCUAUUCUCUAUGAGCAAAGUGUCAAGAAAGGAAAGCUCAUUCCACGGGUACCAGUUGAACAGAUUGGUGUCUCAUCUGUCCUGGGUAGACGUCAAGUCAAUGAAGAUCGUUGGGUUGUUGAGGAGCUGACAGCGGAGUUGCUGUACUUUGGUAUCUUUGAUGGCCACGGUGGAUCCUACGCUGCACAGUUUGUCUCUGACCAUCUGGCUGACCAUUUGUCUUUCUGGAUGUCCCAAACAGAUGACCUGAUGACUGUCUUCAAAAACUCAUUCUGUGACCUGCACAAUCUUUUGGCUAGACAUUUAGUCUUCUAUUACAUUGAUGAUGACACAUUCAAGACUGGUACUACAGCAACUGUAUGUUUGUUGAGGAACUCAUCUGAACUUGUCGUGGCCCAUGUUGGUGACAGUCUAGCAGUCUUGUGUCGGGAUGGGAAACCUAUCAGACUUUCAAUAGACCAUGACCCAGAAGAUGUUGAUGAAUCUAGCAGAAUUUUAAAGAAAGGUGGACGGAUUAUUCACAACAGCCAAGGUGUGGCACAUGUCAAUGGGAGAUUAGCUAUGACCAGGAGUCUUGGAGAUGUUGAACUUAAGUCAUAUGGAGUCACAGCACUGCCCUACCUGAGGUCAAUAGAAGUCAAGCACGGCUCUGAUGCCUUUCUUAUCCUAAGCUCCGAUGGCCUAAGCUUUGCCCUGAGUGACGAGGAAAUGGUCAACAUUGUCAGCAGCUGCCAGAGCCCACAAGAAGCCUGCAGCCGUCUCUCAGACCAAGCCCAGCACUUUGGUUCAGAAGACAAUGUCACAGUUCUAGUCAUCCCACUGGGGGCUUGGGGAAAAUAUCAGAAGUUGACCGGUGGACACAAUUUCAACUUUGGAAGGAUUUUGUCCAACUCACGGAUUUACUAGUGGCCAGAACAAACAAAUGAUUUGAGUCCCUGAUUUGGUGCAAUACAUUUAACAUUUUUUGGUUGACUUAGUUUGGAAACAAAAAAAUGACAGUUUAGUGACAGGCUGUAAAAGAAGAAAGAUGUAAGACUUUCUAAUUUGAAAAGACAUUUAAUGGUAUAUUAGGCAAAAAAAUUGUAAUUAGUAAAAAUAAACAAUUUUACUUAAUACUG